GGAUGGGAUUUGGAGGGGGCGAGAGUGGGGCUGCAGCUGGGAUACAAAGUGAAUAAAUUGUAAUAAAUAAAAAAUUAUAUUAAAAAAUCAAAUCAAAACAAAAAAACUCACUAAACUACCAAAUCCUUUCACUAGCCCCAGGCUUGGGCAUCUUCAGUCGUCAGAUGAUCAUCUCUGACCAUUCUGGCCCCAAAGAUCCUCAAAAUGGUUACAAACCAUUUUCCAGUUAGGUGGCAGGUCUUCCUACCUCUGAGCAAAUGUUAUCCACACACAUUCUAACGUAAUUGGACCAGGCCAGUCCCUGACUGUAGCACUUGCACUGAUCUGCCUCUGUUCCAGUUUCACAAGCCGUCGUAUUCCGCUCCACAGUGGACCUCCUCUCCUUUCGUUCUGCAUUGUGCAGACUGCCACGGUGACCCGUUGGGCGGGCGAGCAUCGAGGCUGGCUGCUCUCGCCACUCACCUAAGGACAGCUUUCCCUCAGCUGACAGAUGACUCACCGAGUGAGUCACGCGCCCCCCGCCGGCAGGUGGCACAGGAGCUCACCCACGCCAUCCCGCCGCGAGGUGCCGCUCUCGGCGGGCGGGCGGGCGGAGUGGAGAGGAGCACGCCGCUUCCGCCGAGACAGGCGCAGGCGCACCGCGCUUCCGCCGCUCCGCCGCCCUCCGCCGGGCUUGCUGGAUUGGGAUGCUGCAGCUCGCGGUGGGUCGUAGACUCCUGUCUGGUUCCGCGAUGCCUAAGAAAGCCGGAGCUACGAGCAAGGGUAAAAACCAAACCAAGGAACCACCUCCUCCUGCAGGGCCCGUGGCAACUGAUCCUAAAGGUUGUGUCACCAUAGCCAUCCGUGCCAAACCCGGCUCCAAACAAAAUGCUGUGACAGAUGUGACCACGGAGGCCGUCUGCGUGGCGAUUGCAGCACCUCCCUCGGAGGGAGAGGCAAAUGCAGAGCUCUGUCGGUACCUUUCCAAGGUCUUAGAUCUCAGGAAGAGCGAUGUGGUUCUGGAUAAGGCCACAUCCUUUACCUCCCCCUACCUGCGGCAGAUCGUGUCUGACCCCGGCUGCUCUUCUGGUAGAGGAAAGGCACGCCCCACUCUUCCUCGUGAGAAUGCUUGGUUCAUCCAGAUAAAUUCCUGAUAAAAUUUUAUGUUUUAUAAAAGACAAGUGUUGUGUCUUUUUAAAACUUAUUUUCCUGGGGUUUCUUAUGCCUCUACCUCCCUUCCAACCUUUAUCUGCCCUAAUACUUUCCAACACUAGGAGGGAGAGAAAGAUUAGUGGGAGAGGGGGUGGAGUUCUCUUUAGACUUAGUUCCUGCUGAUUAGGGUCACAGGGUUCUUUGGGAAAAUACCAAUCUCAGUCAUCAGGAUAUCCAGCAAACGCAGCAAACACAGAACCAACAUCCUUCUUUCUCUGUCCGUUUCCUGAAAGCCUCCUCCUCCUCAGCUCUCUCUGUGCUCUGAUAUUUAUACCCUCUCAGAGUUAAACUAUCUCCAGCUGGCAAAGACCACGUCACUCUCUGAGCCACAGGAGGCUUUUAUUAACUGCGGAUAAACUAAAAACAGCUCCAUAUGCCACAUGUGAGAUUAAAACAAAAACCUGUUUACAUAACAUAACCGAGUUCUUAAACCAAAAUUUCCACUACAGACGUGUUUCAAAUAAAUCCUUUUAUGAGUUGUUUUAAGUGAUUGUGAAAUCAUAGUACUUAGGCAUGUGGUUGGUUUCUGUUUGAAAUUUUUAGAAAUGUGUAAUGAUUUAGAAAAGAGCAAUUUGUUUAUGUUUAGGUGUUAUAAAAAGUUUAUACUAAAUUUCCUUAUUUAAUAUUUUAAUAUUAUUUUCCUUUGUAACUUAAACAAAUCACUUGAAACUAGAACAUUGGCCAGGCAUAGUGGGAAGUACCUGUAAUUCCAGCACUUGAGAGGGGCAGAAAGGAUCAGGGGUUCAAGUUCAUCCUUGGCUAUAUAUUGAAUUUGAGCUAAUCUAGGCUAAACAAGACACUGACUUGAGAGAGAGAGAGAGGCUUAGAAAUUAGGAUAUUGUGGACACUCAUCUUGAAAUUUGUCCCGUCCCCCCUGCCCCCAAGACAGGGUUUCUCUGUAGAGCCUGGGCUCUCGUGGACUCGCUCUGUAGACUAGGCUGGCCAUGAACUCACAGAGAUCUGCCUGCCUCUGUGUCUGCCUCCCUGAAUGCUGGGAUUACAGGUGUGUGCCACUGAGCCCGGCAGUCAUCUUGAAAUUUUAAUGCCUAACUUUUGUUAUAAAAAGUGAAGUAGAAAGGCAAAAGCCCUGGAGAGUCGCAUGAAUUUGUCGUAAGGUAGGAGUGUCAGGGGAGAGUGUGCCUGGGCCGUGGGGAAAGGCCAUCCAUAAUGCCUCGUGGGGACCGGGAAGGUGUGUUGCUCCUGCCAGCAUUAGGAUGCCGAGUGUGUCUUUUUCUUUC